CCCACCACCGAAACAAACAAUGAUCAGUUGAAUGAAGCUUUUUUGUGCCUCUAAACUCUUUGGUCAAUUCCUUCUUCUUUUUCUGUGUAUGUUCGAUUGUGAUAAGAUCCAUAUUGGUGUCUAAUCAGAAUCUUGUGCCGCGGAUUUGGAGAGACAUCAUCAUCAUCGACAUCCCUGCUCUUUCUUCGAUUUGGUGAGAGGUUCAAAUAAAUGCCAAUCACAGUUUCCACCAUUCUCAACUGGCUUUGUCUGUCUUGAUUUGUGAAUACACAUUGGAAUCUGCUUUUUCCUUGAAAAUGGAACUACAAGAUGCUCAGAAAGAUGAGAAUGAGAAAUCCCUUGAGGCCUCUGUAGCUGAGAAUAAUGGGGAAGAUGUGGCUGAAGCUGAGGGAAAGGAUGAGAAUGAGCUUGUGGAAACCUCUGCUGGUGAAAAAGGUAAGGCAGAUGACGACGAGUUUGUUGAAACUUUAAUGGAUACCGAUCAGGUUUUGGCAGCCUUAAAAGUACCGGUAGAGGAGAAUGAUGCAGAAAAUGUUGUUGUUAAAGAACUCUCCCUUCUUGAUUCUGUUGAAGCAAGUUCUUCUGGAAUGAAAAAGUCUCAGGGAUUACCAGCGAAAACUAAAACUAUCAAAAAAGUCAAGAAGCUAGUAAAAAGGAAAAUCAGAAAAGGCACUACUACUGCUGUUCAGGUGGCUGGUGAGGAGAAUUUCGCUGUAGAACAAGGUAUGAAAGAAGGUAGAACCGUGGUAAACAGCAAAGAGGAUGAACAAAGUCCAGAGCCUUCUCUUGGCGGAAGCGAAAAGGAAAUAAAGAAGGUUACAGAGUCUGUUGCAGAUUCCCCCCAAUUUUCUUCUGGAAAAGACAAAGAUUUAGAAAACUCUAUUGGAGGAAAUAUUAUGGAGUUUAAGAAAAACGUAGAAGAAUUAGCAGAAGCUCCUCAACCUGCAGAUGAUGGUGAAAAUGUUGCUGGAGGAAAACUAUCUGGUAAGAAAACACUGAAACAGGUAAAGGGAAAAGCUAGCAUUCUGAAGAGACAAAUGGGGAAAAAAGUCAAAGGGACUCUUACUCAGGGGAUGGAUAAAGAGACUGCAGCUAUAUUGCAGGGACCUAAGGAUGGAGUGGAUCUAGAAUCAAUAGUGUCAGAUAAAAGAGAUGCUGGAGCUUCUCCAGGAGGAAACGUGAUGGAAGCUAAAACAGCUAUUGACGGUUCUGUAGAAGCCAAAACUGGCUUGGCUGAAGGCAAGAGACGCAAAAGGAAUAGACAGAGAAAACAGGAUUUAGUUUCAAACAAGAAACAGCGGAAAGAGGUAGUAACUGCUGCUGAUGCAACAGAACAAAGAAAGGAAGAGAGGAAAGAGCAGCUUGUCAACCCUGAGAAAGGUGAUAGGGACGAGCAUGGAAAAGUAAAGAUUGGUGGAUUGAUCUUUAUGUGCAAUACAAAAACUAGGCCUGACUGUUUUAGGUUCAGUGUAAUGGGCGUACAAGAGAAAAAGAAGGAUUAUGUCAUGGGUAUCAAACCCGGGCUUAAGCUAUUUCUUUAUGACUAUGAUCUCAAACUCCUCUAUGGAAUUUUUCAAGCAUCCUCUGCGGGUGGGAUGAAACUUGAGCGCAAAGCUUUUGGUGGAUCCUUUCCUGCUCAGGUGCGCUUUAAGAUCUUUAGUGAUUGCUUACCAUUGCCUGAGAGCCAAUUCAGAAAAGCAAUCAAGGAGAAUUACAACAAUAAUAACAAGUUCAAAACGGAAUUGACUCAUAAACAGGUAUUUAAGCUUAAAAAGCUUUUCCGACCAGCUGCUAUUCCUGCACAACUUACCCACACCCAGCCAAUCCCUGUUCCUCGUGAUGCUGACAGGAAAAGAUCUGACAGAGACCGUUACGCCCCUAGUAGCAGUAGAGCCCACCCGACCCGUACACAUGAAAGAAGACGUGAUUCCCCUCCUCCACGCAGAGAAGAACAACCGCGUGACUUAUAUCUCAGUGAAAGAGAGUAUCGAACAUACGGCUUGAGAAGGGGAGACACAACCCAGCAUUAUCCAACUCCGCCUCCAGAUUCUUCUUAUGAUAUUGUCAACCGAGACCGUGUUCGUUUGGAUUCAUACCGUUCAUCUGUAGACCAUGACCGGCUUUUGAGGCAAGCAGAGAUUGAGAGGCAUGACCGCAGGGAAGUUCGUCUUGUUCACUUGCCUGACAGAGACUACCACAUGUAUGAUCAUCAAAGUUCUAGACGGGGAAUCCUGGGUCGAAACUCGCCCAACCCUCCAACUUCAGCAGUUGCUUUGGACUCCUACAGGAGAGACCCGCAUUACAGUUAUGAGUAUGAAAGGCCGUCAAGGACAUACAUGGCUUCGCCGAGAAGAGAAGAUGAUGACUUGUAUUCCCGGUAUAUUACAGCGGAUUCAUUGGCUGAAUACUACAGAUCAUCACAAAGAUACCCAAGCGUAACUGAAUCUGAGCUUCCACCUUCAUUAGUAACAUCCCGGUAUGCUUAUCCAAGGUCUUUGCCUUAUCCACACCGCUGAUCUCAGAUAGUGUAAUUCUCCACUAUCCCUUUGAAUUUAUCAGCUGUUUAAUUUAUGUUGGAUAUGGAUACACAGGAUACUGAAUAGUUGAUACUUGCAACGAAAGGGUUUACUUCUUGCUCGUUGUACCAAAUGGUUUCAGCAAAUAAUAUUGUUUCUCUCUAA